AUAGUCGAUAUAUUGCAGCUGUUACUUACUGUUGUUUUGUUUGGUUAUGUUCAUCAACACACGUGUGUAGAGUAUCAGCAAUCAUUAUUCUUUUUCAAUAUAUUCGUGUAUGAACUAAAACCGUCUUUAUCAUCAUGCCAUUUAUACAGAGGGUCAAACGGCCAGUGACAGCAAAAGGCAGACGAAUUUUGCUAAAGAAGCAACCCAGAUUUGUUGAAUUCCCUAAGCAGACAAUGUACGUUAGAGGCAAAAAAGCAAAUGCACUGACUAUGGACUGCAUGAAAGAAAUUUAUCAACUAAAAAAACCAGGAGGUCUUUUAUUCACCAAGAAACAUGACAUUUUGCCGUUCGAAAAUGUUGGACUCCUGGAAAAUUAUUCACAGCGGCGCGGAGCCUCACUAUUUAUUUUCGCCUCUUCGAACAAGAAGCACCCUCAUAGUUUAAUAUUUGGCAGGACCCAUGAUCACCAGUUAUUGGAUAUGGUCGAAUUAGAAAUAGAAGCAUUCAAAUCCAUCAAGGAGUUCAAAACGGAGCAUGUAGCAGUUGGGCUCAAGCCUUGCAUCCUCUUUGCAGGAGAAGAUUUUCAGACAAGUUAUGACCACAAACGAAUUCAAAAUCUACUAGUUGACAUGUUCCAGCGAGAAGUUGUCACAGAUAUACGUCUUCAAGGCCUCGAACAUGUUAUCAUGUUCACUGCUGCGGAUGACAAAAUAUUUUUGCGGAAUUACAGGGUGCAAUUAAAAAAAUCAGGAAGUCGAAUCCCAAGAGUUGAAUUAGAGGAAAUCGGACCAGCAGUCGACUUCAGAAUUGGUCGUAAAAAGUUAGCCACUGAGGACUUAUUUAAGAGCGCAUGUAAACAACCAACGUCCAUUGAUCCUAAACCUAAGAAGAACAUCAGAACGGAUGCGUUUGGCUCAAAAUUAGGACGUGUGCAUAUGACCAAGCAAGACGUGAACUCAUUACAAACCAGGAAAAUGAAAGGACUUAAGAAAUCAUACGCAGAGCGAAAGGAGCAACGUAGUAAAAAGAAAUCUGCGAGUAAAUAAGAACGACUGUAUCGGAAUACCGGAGGUAUAGUUUUGAAAGACUGACUCACAAUGUGAAUACAUUAAGGCUAAAAAAUUGAACUAAUUAAAAAACUCAGACCAGCCAUAGAUUUCUGUUCUCUAAGAAUGAAGGAAACAUUUGAUGAAAGAUAUUUAAAAUUAUCAAAUAAUCAAAUGAAUGAAUGUAUAGAAAAAUUAAUGAAAAAAUUGCUCUCAUCAGAAUUUUAAUAUGUAUUUCACGGAUUUAUGUCAAUAAAUCAUCAUUUUC